AUGGCUGUUGUUGAGCAGACUAUCCUUCGGGAUCCGGCUCUCUUCUACUGGAUCCUCUUCCCCAUCUCGGUGGUUAUGAUCCUGACCGGUAUCCUCCGCCACUAUGCAACGGUCCUGAUGAACACGCCGCCCAAGCCCGCCUCCACCCUGGCCGAGUCUCGCGAACGCCAUGCUCUCCUCCGCGGUGUCAACCUCCGUAACCAUGCAUGCGCCGUUCUGGACCGGGAAUCUUUCGAGGCCCGCAAGAACUACCUUGUUAACGGUUUCCGGAGCGGCGCGUUCCUCAAGGAUCCCAACAACCGUGGCCAGCCGCCGGCGAACCCGAUGACUGACCCAGCAGGCAUGGAAGCCAUGAUGGGCAUGCUCAAGGGAAACAUGAUGAUGAUGAUUCCGCAGACUCUGAUUAUGAGCUGGAUCAACGCUUUCUUCUCGGGAUUCGUGAUCUUGAAAUUGCCUUUCCCAUUGACUAUUCGCUUCAAGUCCAUGCUUCAGUCUGGUGUGAUGACCCGUGAUUUAGAUGUCCAAUGGGUGUCCAGUCUGUCGUGGUACUUCCUCAACUUGAUGGGCUUGCAGUCCGUUUUUGGAUUCAUUUUGGGCAGUGAUAACUCUGCCAACCAGAUGGCGCAGCAGAUGGCCCAGGCUAACCCCGCGGCUAUGAUGAACCCCAUGCAGCCUGGCCAGGAUCCCGACAAGCUGUUCUUGAGCGAGGCAGAGAACCUGGAGGUCAUGGAGCACUUCUGCAUUCUCGAUGGUGUUGAGGAGCGCGUUCUGCGGAACUAUGCGCCCGAGGUGAACUAA